AUAUUUCAAAAAUACUGAGAAGUAUGGCUAACGUUAUCAAGAAAGUUGUGCCAAUGCUGGAUCGCAUUUUGAUACUGCGCGCCGAGGUAAAGACCACAACAGCAGGCGGCAUCUUGUUGCCAGAGGACGCUGUGCCCAAGGAGAUGCAGGGCGUGGUCGUCGCCGUGGGACCCGGUGCACGCAAUCCCGUUGGUGCUGGACACUUGCCGGUGGGCGUCAAGGAGGGCGAUCGUGUGCUCUUGCCAAAAUAUGGUGGCACCAAGGUGGACAUGGAUGACAAGCGCGAAUAUGUGCUGUUCCGUGAAAGCGACAUCCUGGCCAAGCUGGAAUAGGCCAGAACUCACACUCAAUAGAUUAUUGGACAUUUUUACAUGAUGCAUCGCAAACACUUAAGACAGAUCGGGGACUUAUUAACACGGUUCACAUACAAUACACACAACCCUUACUGCGUUCGAAACUAAAUGAUUGAUGAAAUGUUGUAUUUGGUAGCUAAACACUUGAAUCAUAACACUACACUUAAUGACAGCAAGUAGCACAGGCACAUCACAGGCGACUUCACACUGUUAUGUAGGCAAUGACAAUAAACAAUUGUUCAGAUUGCGUUUUUUCUUGUAAAGAGCAUUAAAA